AUGUACAAUUAUUAUAUAAAGGUUAUUGUAAAUAUUUUAUUAGUUCAUUUUAUUAUUGUGGAAUACGUAAAUACAACAGCCAUUAACAAAAAUGAUCCAUAUGAUAGUUAUAUAAGUGAAGAUGGGUUAUACGACUCUAAUGAUAAUGUUAUCAUUUUAAAUGUGACUACGUUGAAAAAUUCAAUUUAUGAGAGCAAAAAAGCUUGGGUGGUAGAAUUUUAUAAUAGUUGGUGUGGUCAUUGUCGAAGAUUUGCUCCGUUAUGGAAAUCUCUGGCUAGUAAAAUUGUUGGAUGGAAAGAUAUAAUUGAAAUUGCAGCUAUAAAUUGUGCCAAUGAUGAUAAUAAUCCAAUUUGUAGAGAAUUCAAAGUUAUGUAUUAUCCAGCUAUACGAUAUUUUUCUCCAAACACCAAACAUGACUCAAUUGGUGAUGAUGUAGAAAAAGGUGAAACCGAAGAGACAAUGCGUCAUAAUUGUCUUAAACAUUUACAAAAAGACCAAAUUGAUGGAUUAGGUCUUUCAUGGCCAAAUAUUACACCAUAUAGGAAUUCUGAGCUACAAGAUAUAUGGACAGGAGUUUCUAAGACGAUUCAAUAUAAAUUUUAUUUAUUUGAAGAGAACAAUUCAUUUUUAGGAACUGAGAUCAUAUUAGACUUGCAUAAUAUUACGAGUAUCCAAAUACGCCGAAUAACGUCAGAUAAUCAAUGGCUUUGUUUGAUGUUUAAAGUAACUAAUUUUCCAGCUCUGAUUGUUUACGACCGCCAGUCUACAAAAAAUUCGUUAAAAAUAUCAGUUCCUACAAGAACUGGUGUAUCAAAUGUAAUCAAAGACUUUUUAAAAUCUAAAGGAUUAAUAAUAGAUCUUAAGCCGAUUAAUAGUACACAAAUACAAACUAAAAACGAAAUUCAAAAAACUAAUCAAACACAUGGUUCAAUCAAGUUGAAUGGAGAUUAUCUUUAUCGAUCGGAUUUAGAAUCUGCAUUACGUUAUUCUUUAGAACAAGAAAUCUCAUUAGUUCCAACAAUCGAAAAUGGAAAAAUGGAGUCAUUGAAAGAAUUUUUAAGAGUUUUGGCUCUUUAUUUUCCUUUUAAACAUGAUAAUUCUGGGUAUUUAUCACAAAUACGAGAUAUUAUUGAAAACAAAACAACGAUCGAUGGCAAAGACUUUAGAGAAUUAAUAAAAUCAACAGAAAAAAAAUUAUCGCAAGUUUACAAAUCUAAACAACAGUGGAUUGGCUGUAAAGGUAGUACCUCUACACUACGCGGAUAUCCUUGUGGUCUUUGGCUCCUGUGGCAUACACUUACCGUUAAUUAUGCUAUAGACACUGAAAAAAGUACUUCGGUUGAUAAGCCCCAAUGGAUAUUGUCAACAAUGCUUGGUUACAUAAAAAACUUUUUUGGCUGUUCUGAUUGCGCUGAUCAUUUUACGAGUAUGGCACAAGAAUAUAAAUUAUUUGAUGUUAAGACUCCAAAUGAAGCUGUUUUGUGGCUUUGGAAAGCACAUAAUAAAGUAAAUUCAAGACUUGCUGGUGAUUUUACGGAAGACCCAGAAUUUCCAAAAAUCCAGUAUCCUUCAAAAGAAAAUUGUCAUGAAUGUAAAAAUGAAGAUGGUUCGUGGAAUGAAGUCAAAGUUUUACAAUAUUUAAAACGAAAAUAUUCAUAUUCCAGUAUUCAAUAUAAUAAUUCAGAUGUUUUACAAUUACCAUUACGUCUUGAUGGGAAUGAGUUCCUCCAUGACAAAAACGUAACUGAUCAACAAAAAAUUGGGUGGGAUUUUACAGUUUUUGAUAUCAGUAUUUGUGUUAUUGUUUACGUUAUUUCGGCGACAAUGCUUGUGCUCGUGUGUAUAAAGUUUGUUGUUAAGCGUUCUUCCAAGAAAAAAGCACAGAUACAAAAUUUAUUUGGACGAGUAUAA